AUGGCCGUCGCUUCGAUCCAGGACCGAACCGCCGAGUUCAAGUCGGUCCUCGCCCAGGCGCAACGCCGUCAGAAUGCAAACAAGGCGAGCGCGCAAAGGAAAUCGCUGCUCAACGACGCGCAAAAGUCAGCCGCAAAUGGAGAUGGGCGAGUGAGGAGAUCAGAUUUUGCCAGGAAGGCGGCGGAGAUUGGACGAGGCAUCUCGGCCACCAUGGGCAAGUUGGAAAAGCUGGCGCAACUCGCAAAGCGCCGCACCCUCUUUGACGAUCGACCUGUGGAAAUCAACGAGCUCACAUUCGUCAUCAAGCAAGAUCUGUCUUCUCUGAACCAGCAGAUCGGCGCCCUGCAGACAAUGUCGAAACAGCAGCACCCAAAAGCAGACCAGGAAGGCGAACACAACAAAAACGUGGUUUACCUGCUGCAGGGCAAAUUGACGGAUGUCUCAGUGAAUUUCAAGGACGUGCUGGAGGCCCGAACAAAGAACAUUCAAGCGUCGCGGUCACGCACCGAGAACUUUAUAUCUUCCGUGUCUCAGCAUGCGCAACACUCUCAGCCGUCUCUGCAGCAAUCCGCAUCGCCGCUAUACGGGACCCCGAACCGAGCAUCGCCUGCGCCCGGCAACGACACCCUAUCGCUAAACCCCGGCCCCAUGGGCGACCAGCAGCUGAUGAUGAUGGAAGAGGCGAACCCGACCAACUCGUAUAUCCAGCAGCGUGGCGAGGCCAUCGAGGCCAUCGAGAGGACAAUCAACGAACUGGGCGGCAUCUUCGGCCAGCUGGCCACCAUGGUUGCUGAGCAGAGUGAGAUGAUCGAGCGAAUCGACGCCAACACGGAGGACAUUGUGGACAAUGUGGAGGGAGCGCAGCGCGAGCUGAUGAAGUACUGGUCGCGAGUAUCGAGCAACCGAUGGCUGAUUGCCAAGAUGUUUGGAGUUUUGAUGAUUUUCUUCUUGCUAUGGGUUCUGGUUUCGGGCUAA